AUGUACAGUAAUUUUCAAAGUCAGUCCGAACUGGACGCUCGGAAAGAAGAAAUUAGAAGACAGCGGAAAUUAGUUAUCGAGCAGGCUAAAAAAAGUUAUGAGCGUACUGAAGCUAAGAAAGAAAAAGCUCACAAAGAAGGACAGGACACAUGGAUGCUAGACUCUGUAUCACAAAGGAUACGACAAGAAGAAAAA